CAAACAGUGGUAGAGAACCAUCUCUCGGAGGCAUCCUUCAUGCCUUCUCUGCGCUGCGCCAAUCGCUGUGUGCUGGUGAGCUAUCCGCAGGUACACACAAGCGCUCAGGCCCAUACGGCCCAACACCAAAGUCCCAGUACACCCAAACUCAAGGCACAAGGACCAGCACAGGCAAAUGCGCAAGCACACGGAGACGCGAAUAUGCACACGUACGCACAAGCACUGUCACACACUCCCCAGACGCCGCCCGCAACGCCUGGCAGAGAGGAGAAUACAUCCAGCACGAACUUGCUGUCGCAUAAGGAUAAUACCGACACUAGUAAUCUG